GACAGCGCCCCCCGGCUCCCGGCCGCCCGCACCCCGCCCCUGGCGGCCGCCUCGCGCGGCUCCCGGGGUCCCCCGCUCCUCGUCCCCGGAGCCCGCGCCCCGCGCCCGCGCCCGCGCCGCGCGGCUCCAGCCCCUCCGCGCCGCCCCCCGCAUGCUAAUGGCCGGGCCGCCUCCCGCCGCACACAAUGCGGGCCAGGGCCGGGGGCGGGGGACCGGGGAGGGGGCGGGGGCCGGGCCGGGGGCGGGGGGGCCGGGGCCCGGCGCAUCUCCCCCGGCCCCACGUAACGCUGACGCCCGCGCCGCCGGCCCGCCGCCCGCCGCCGCCCGCCGCCCGCUCGGCCGCCGCCCGCCCGGGGCUCCUCUUCAGCACCUGUUGCCUUCACUAGCAGCUUUUCCUCCUCCUCUUCCCUGCACUUCCCAGAACCAAAGAAUGUGAAGGGGGUCCAUGGAGGGCUCACGUUCCCAUGUUCCAGGCGGCCACUUAGCGCCUUCGCCACCUGCCUUCGACGGCGAACUGGAUCUGCAGCACUACUCCAACGGGCCAGGCGUGAGCGCCGGCUCUCCGGGAAUGGGAGCGGUGAGCUGGUCUGAGAGUCGAGCAGGCGAACGGCGCUUCCCGUGCCCGGUGUGCGGGAAGCGCUUCCGCUUCAACUCUAUACUGGCCUUGCACCUGCGGGCACAUCCGGGCGCCCAGGCCUUCCAGUGCCCACACUGCGGCCACCGCGCGGCGCAGCGGGCUCUGCUGCGCUCCCACCUGCGCAUGCACCAGCCCGAGCGCCCGCGCAGCCCCGCCGCGCGCCUGUUGCUGGAGUUGGAGGAGCGGGCGCUGCUGCGCGAGGCCCGGCUGGGGAGACCCCGCAGCUCCGGAGGCAUGCAGGCCAGUCCUGCGACUGAAGGCUUAGCGCGGGCCCAGGCUUCGUCGUCGUGUGCUUUCCGUUGCCCCUUUUGCAAAGGCAAGUUCCGCACCGCGGCGGAACGUGAACGCCACCUACACAUCUUGCACAGGCCCUGGAAGUGCGGCCUGUGCAGUUUCGGCUCCAGCCAGGAGGAGGAGCUGCUGCACCACAGCCUGACGGCCCACGGAGCUCCUGAGCGCCCCCUGGCGGCUGCCGCGGCUGCGCUCCAGCCGCUGCAGCUGCCGCUGCCGCUGCCGCUGCCGCAGUCCCAGCCCCAGCCCCUGCCCCAGCCCCAGCCCCAGCCCCUGCCCCAGCCCCAGCCCCAGCCCCAGCCCCAGCCCCAGCCCCAGCCCCAGCCCCAGCCCCAGCCCCAGCCCCAGCCCCAGCCCCAGCCCCAGCCCCAGCCCCAGCCCCAGCCCCAGCCCCCACCGCAGCCGGAAUCCAGAUCAGCCCCGGAGCCAGAGCCGGAGCCCGAACAGGAGGCAACCCCUGCCCCGGCUCCUGCGCCUCCCGAGGAGCCCCCAGCCCCUCCGGAGUUUCGCUGCCAAGUGUGUGGCCAGAGCUUUACGCAGUCCUGGUUCCUCAAGGGCCACAUGCGCAAGCACAAGGCCUCCUUCGACCACGCGUGUCCCGUGUGUGGCCGCUGCUUCAAGGAGCCCUGGUUCCUUAAGAACCACAUGAAGGUGCACGCUAGCAAGCUGGGUCCCCUGCGUGCUCCAGGGCCUGCUUCUGCGCCUGUCCGCCCGGCCCAGCCUCCCGACCUGGGCCUGCUGACCUACGAGCCACUGGGCCCCGCGCUGCUCCUGGCCCCGGCGCCCACCACGGCCGAGCGCCGGGAGCCCCCGAGCCUCCUGGGCUACCUGAGCCUGCGAGCUGGCGAGUCUCGGCCCAACGGCGAGGGCGCAGAGCCGGGCACCGGCCGCGGCUUCGGGAGUUUCCGCCCCCUGCCGGCUGCGCUCCCGGCCCGCGCUCGGAAGCACCGCACCGAGGAGCCUCCGGAGGAGGAAGAGGAGGUGGUGGAGGCGGAGGAGGAGACCUGGGCCCGGGGCAGGACGCUGGGCCCUCUGGCUUCACUGCAUCCGCGCCCGGGAGAGGGGCCGGGGCACUCAGCACCUGCUACCGGGGCCCAGGCGAGGCCUGCUGCUGCCCAGGAAGAGAAUGGGCUGUUGGUUGGAGGGACCCGAUCUGAAGGGAGCCGGGGAGCCACUGGCAAGGAUUGUCCCUUCUGUGGAAAGUCUUUCCGCUCAGCGCACCACCUCAAAGUGCACCUGCGGGUGCACACCGGUGAACGCCCCUACAAGUGUCCACACUGCGACUACGCGGGCACCCAGUCCGGCUCGCUCAAGUAUCAUCUGCAGCGCCACCACCGGGAGCAGCGGAGCGGGGCAGGGCCUGGGCCACCCCCGGAGCCGCCGCCCUCUGCUCAGCGGGGUUCGGCCCCGCCCGCGGGAGCCAAGCAGGCGCCCCAGCCUGCGGCCUGGGUGGAGGGUGCUGCCAGCCCGCGGCCGCCUCCUAGCAGCGCCGCACCCGGGUCCCGCCGGAAGCCUGCCAGCCCCGGGAGGACCCUGCGCAACGGGCGAGGUGGUGAGGCCGAACCCCUGGACCUGUCCCUGCGGGCGGGGCCGGGAGGCGAGGCCGGGCCCGGGGGUGCCCUCCACCGAUGCCUCUUCUGCCCCUUCGCCACUGGAGCCCCCGAGCUUAUGGCCUUGCACCUGCAAGUGCACCACAGCCGCAGGGCUCGGGGGCGCCGGCCGCCCCAGGCCGAUGCUGCCCCGCCCUUUGCGCGAGCACUGUCGGCGGAGUCCCCUCCCAGUCCACCCCAGGAAGGGGAGGAGGGCCCAGGGCUGUCGAGGUCCGGAGAGGUCGGGCUGGGGGGGCAAGAGCGAUAGGCAGCCCUUUUAGGGGCGGUUAGUUUAGCGAGCUCACCUCGCCGGAGCGGGGGAGCGCUAGAGGUAGUUGGGUAGAGCAGCCAGCAGGGGGCGACGUGGGACCCGAUUCCCAGCCCCAGGCGGACCAGAGGUGUUGGGGGCGGAGGGCAUAGGAAGAUGGGACCACACCCACCCAGCCCAGGGGUGAGUCACAGUGCCUUAGAAGUGGCAGGGGUGAGGAUCAAAGAACGAGGUCCCAGGGCUGGCAGAGUGUUGUGUCUCUGGAGGAGCCGCUCCGCUAGUCUUUGCUGGUCCAUAGGCGUGAAAGUUUAUUUUUGUACAAUGGGUGGGGGUGGGGGCCACUGUUCCCUUCUAGCCCCUUCUGGGGCCCCGUAGACGUCGCUAUUUUUGGUACGAUCCCUGUCAUCCCUGUCGCAGAGUUGUGUCCCCAAUAAACAGGUGUCUUGAGGCACAGG